AACGUUGGUUCAUCAGUGAGAGAUUUGUUGGGGGGGUAAAAAAAAAACAAUUGUUAUUGUCUUUAGGGGAGUCCCCCUGUAAAACCUCCGCCUGUGGCAGGCAAGGAGGGGAGUGAGAUUUUGUUUAUCCGGUGUUAUGAUUUUUAGCGCAGGUUGUGUUGGGUGGGUGGAAAAACCAUUGCACACCGUUUCGCUGGCCAACGGUUUAGCGUGGCCUGAGGCACGAGAGAGUGUCGGUGAGGGGAAGGGGAGUGGGAUUUUCACGCGGGCAUCGCUCUUGCCCCUCUUACUGGCGCGAAAUUUCGCUGCGAUUUCGGAAGAUCUGGUGCGCGUGCUCAGCUUUUUGUGGCGAUUCGUGAUGUAACGCCGCUUACAAAUGCUCCCUUCUGUCACCCUCGUCAAUGUUCCAUUCGUGGUAAUAUACGCGGCCUUGACGACCGGGAGAUUUAAUGCCGGUAUGCAGGAAUAGCUCUAUUUCGGUGCGACACAUACGUUGGAUUUUAGGUUCGUGAAAUAAUAAUUCGGUGACAGCAAGAUAUAAAUACAGCCCAAUCUCCCUGGAAGAAUUUAAACGUGCUCAAUUAUCCUUAGCUCAGACCUCCACCACGGAAGCGAUAACACAUACCACAAGACACUCAACCUCUCCAGAACACUUCAUGUCCAUGUUCCGUACCAUGCAAGGCGCUCCAGGCGUCAUAACCUUGUU